AUGAGACAGGCCAAGGCUCAGUAUCCCAUCGCUGACAUGGUGAAGAUGUUGAAGGAACAGGGCAAAACUGUGAGGUUUGGGAUUCACCCGGUGGCCGGACGGAUGCCCGGAUAGCUCAAUGUUCUCCUGGCCGAGGCCGAGAUCAACAAGGAUUUCCCAGAAACCGUCCUGACGCUCGUGAUCUGAGCCAAUGACACCGUCAACUCCGCAGCGCAAGAAGAUCCGAACUCUAGAAUCGCUGGGAUGCCGGUGCUGGAAGUGUGGAAGUCAAAGCAGGUGAUUAUUGCGUGUGUGUGUGUGUGUGUGAUGAAGUGCACUUUGGGUGUUGGAUACGCUGCGGUCUAUAACCCCAUUUUCUACAAACCCGUGCUCCUGGGAGACGCCAAAAUAAGUUUACAGGCCAAAAUAAGACACGCCUUUUACUAA